GCCAGACAGCUCUCACACACUCAAAAGCCUGGGUGAAGUACAGAUGCUUGUAGUUUUGGAGACAGGUCACGGGAGACAAGCGCCACCACCACAGGAGCUCUCCGAGAACCUAACUGCAGUCCAAAAAACUGAAAAGGGGCAUCAGUUCAUCCCUCUCUGAGCUGCUGGAGCAUCUGCGGAGAUUUUGCGAGAGUGAGCCAUCCACACAGAGAGCAGGGAACCCCGAGCCAGAGCCAUGUUCUGCUCUGUCACACCCUACAAAAACCAAAGGUACUACGACCUGAAGCAGGACUGCAGGGAGGAGAAGAGGCUGUUUGAGGACCCUGAGUUCCCAGCCACAGAUGAGUCCCUGUUCUACCAAGCAUCCUCUCAUAGACCUGUCGAGUGGAAGCGACCAAAGGAGAUCUGCAGUGACCCUCGCCUAUUUGUUGAGGGAAUCAGUGCCCAUGACCUGCACCAGGGGCUUCUGGGAAACUGCUGGUUUGUGGCUGCAUGCUCCUGCCUCGCACUCAGACCAGAGCUGUGGAAGAAGGUUAUCCCCGACUGGAAGGAGCAAGAGUGGGAUCCCCUUCACCCAGAAAACUAUGCCGGAAUAUUCCACUUCCGCUUCUGGCUCUUUGGCGAAUGGGUGGAUGUGGUGGUGGAUGACCGUCUCCCCACUAUCAACGGGGAGCUCAUUUACUGCCACUCCAAAAUGCGCAAUGAGUUCUGGAGCGCCCUGCUGGAGAAGGCCUAUGCCAAGCUGUCCGAGUGCUAUGAGUCCCUGGAUGGUGGAAACACAGCGGACGCUGUGGUGGACUUCACGGGGGCGGUGGCGGAGUCCAUCAACCUGAAGAAGGGGAAGUACGAGCAGGACAUCCCUGCACAGAUCCGGCUCUAUGAGGACCUGCUCAGCGUGUUUGAACGGGGCGGCAUCAUCAGCUGCUCCAUCAAGGCUUCCCCGGACAAUUUUGAGACCCACUUGCCCAGUGGCCUGGUGAGGGGCCACGCCUACUCGGUGACAGCGGUGAGGAAAGCACGGAUUGGCCAAGGGCAGCCGCCCUUCCACAGACCGGAGAAGGUGUUCCUGAUCCGGAUGAGGAACCCCUGGGGCCGGACAGAGUGGAAGGGACCAUGGAGUGACGGCUCCCAGGAGUGGCAGAGUGUUAGCAGUGAAGAGAGGAAUGCGAUGGGGAUCACAGUGGAAAACAAUGGGGAGUUUUGGAUGGCGAUUGAUGACUGGUUCACGCACUUCACGGACGUGGAUGUGUGCCGCCUUAUGAACACGUCCUUCCUGAGCUUGAGCAAGACGUGGCACGAGGCGAUCCACUUUGGCAGCUGGACCCAGCACACCAACCCCCUGCACAACCGCUGCGGGGGCUACCCCUCCAUCCUGCAGAACCCACAGUUUGUUUUUGACGUCACAAAGGCAGAAGACGAGGUCCUGAUAUCCCUUCAGCAACGGGACAGGAAAAUACAUGCCUGCGCUGGCCAGGGGAAGAACCUCACCAUAGGCUUUGCUGUUUUCAAGGUGGAGCUCAACAGAACCUACAGGAUGCAUGCCCUCAUAACCCAGCCUAACGUGGCCAUAUCCACCUUCAUAAACGCCCGGAGCGUUUUCAUGAGGAAGUCCCUUCCGAGGGGCCGAUACAUCGUCAUCCCUUCCACGCACAUGGCACGGGCCCUGGGAGAGUUCAUGCUGCGGGUUUACACGGACACAGACUCAGCCUGCAGAGAGCUGACUGAAGACAAGCCCAGAGUGAGGUGCUGGACUGCAUGUCUGGGGUACCCUCGCGUUGUCACCCACAUCUACGUCCACGGAGCUGAAGGCUUGCAGAAGCAGCACCCCUCUGGUGGAGUAGACCCCUAUGUGAUUAUAUACUGUGAAAGAAGUUCAGUUCAGUCUGAGGUUCAGAAGGACACGCUGGAGCCAUUGUUUGACACCAGGGCCAUCUUCUACAGGAAGAACCCCAGAAAGCCCAUCACUAUCCAGGUGUGGGACAGUAACACAGUGCAGGACCAGUUUCUGGGACAGGUGGUCCUGUCUGCCUCCCUGAAGGACUCGUCGGAGCCACAGAGUCUGCAGCUUCACAAGCGAGGCCGCGAGAUAGCCGAGGAGAUGCCAGGCUCCAUUAGCCUCCGGGUGGUCACCUCCAGCCAGCUGACAGCCCUGUGACAUCUAUAGGCCGGCUUCGCCCAUUUCCUGCAAGCUUACCAUACCUGGCUCCACCACCUCCAACCAACUGUCAUGCAUCAUUAAGCCUGAGUCUCCCCCUGGCUGACUGACACAUGCUUCUACACCAGCUUUGACCACCUUGACCCUGCCCAUCGCUAACCAGUGUUGUAUGUUGAAUCGCAGCCAGCCAAGUUAUGGGCAGACAUUUGAGGGUGGAUUUACUUUUCCAAAGAUCCCUAACAGGGUAACGGGCUGAGCAUUUCUUAGCCUCAGCAUGAGACCAAAUGAUUCUUUUCUUAACAACCAGUCUAUACCUGAAUAAUCCUACUGACAUAAUCCCUGCAAAAAAGACUAGGAUAUAUAGUGUGUAUACGAAGGCUUUUAAGUAAAUCCAUAUAGCAGUAAUUGGCUGG